GUUUUGUGUAUCUGUUUCAUCGCAGUACGUAGUUGGAUUCUAUUCUACUUUCUUUUAGUCUUAUUAGUGGCUGAGUUCUCUCUUAUAUACAAGCAAUAACUCACAAUCAACACAAGAGGGCAUAUAUAAGUUUCUUCUCUUUUUUCGACUUUAACCAUUCGGUAUUCCGAAUCUAUGUCUAAAGCUCAUUAAAGGGGAACUCUUUCCUAGCGUUUUUCCGUUUUCCUCAAAUUCGAAAUCUUUGAUUAAGGAUAAAAAAAAAAAAAAAACCACUCAACACAAACUCGAAAUCUUUAGUUAAGGAUAGAAGGACGUCAUCUUUGGAGAUCUUGAUCUUGUCGUUUUUGAAACCUAUUCGCGAUAUACUGUAGGCACAUUAAAGAGAAGUCUUUCCUAACUAGAGUUUUUCCAUUCCCUUCAAACCAGAACCCUUUGGUUAAGGAUAGAAGUUCUUCGUCCCAUUAGUAGAUUUGUUUUCCCCCCCUCAAUUUCAGGAUCAACAAACAUUUAUUUUCUCUAUUUCUUUUAGUCAUUCACAUAUUCUCUCAUUUCCUUAGAAUUAAGGAUGGAAGGAUACCACCAGCAACAGUACAAACGACUUUUCGACCACCUUGAUGAGAAUGGGGACGGGAAAAUAUCAGCGUCCGAGUUGCAACAAUGUGUACAUAUGAUAGGCAAAGACAUGCCGUUCGACGAGGCAGAGGCCGCAGUCGCGGCCUAUGACUCGGACAACGAUGGCUUAUUGGAUUUCGACGACUUCUUGAUAUUAGUGGAAGAUGGUGGGACCGAAGAAGAGAAGGCCAACGAAAUGAAGGAGGCAUUUAGGAUGUAUGAGAUGGAAGGGUGUGGAUGCAUCACACCGGAAAGUUUAAAGAGAAUGCUUGAUAGGUUAGGGGAGAAGAGAACUGUUGAUGAGUGCAGAGGAAUGAUUGCGAGAUAUGAUAUCAAUGGUGAUGGUUUGCUCAAUUUUGAUGAGUUUGUCAUCAUGAUGCGUUGCUAGUUACAUAUCAAGUUCUUUGUCGUCAUUUAUCACUAAUCACAUUGUUUAGAACUUGGGUUGCUUUGUUUAACUUUGUAAUAAUGAUAAAUGAUGGCAUAUUCUUUCUAUGGUAAAUCUAUAUACUUUGAUUUGUUUAGUCACUUCACUAUGUAUCAGGGAUCUAUACAUACAAUAUCGAUAAUUAAUUCUAAACAGUGGCUAUUAAUUAUUGA